CCAUAUUUAAAGGGCCCCCAAAAAGCAACAACAAAAAUAUCUUCUUUUACUCAACAAACCUUCUAGACACACUAUGUCUACGUCAGCAACCGACGCCGUGACCGGAGAAAUCGCCGGUUCCGACGAAGGCGUUCUAGAAACUCCAUUCCUAGACUCGGAACGUUCGGAACUCCUCCAGCGUAUAGCGGAGGAAGGCGGCUAUGCAUACGCAACCAUGACGUCGCUCGCGGCGGCCGGAGAUAUACGAGCAGCGGAAGCGGCGAAGGAUAUGGCGUGGGAACAGUUACAUUCAGGUCCAUGGAAUUCUGUUGUGCCUAUAUGGAGAGAUGCGUAUUCAAUGGCGUGUAUACAUUUGGCGAAACUUCAUUAUGCUAAUGGUGAGUUUACUCAGGCGAUUAAAGCUUUAGAUAUGGGAAUUAUUAUGGGAGGAAUGAUGCUUAAGGAUGAAUUGAACCUCGCGAUUCGAAAAGCGUCGGAGAAGGAGAAAGCGAGGAGUGAUCUCGGAGAAAAAGGUGAAUCCGAGAUUAAAUUUGUUUCUCAAGAAAUUAACGUGGCGGAGGUGCAGCAGUCGUUACCUAUUAAGUCACUGUCUUGUAAGAUAGUAGGGAAAUUGUCAGCCUUAUCGUUGGAGGCAUUCCUGAGAGACCAUUAUUUAUCAGGAUCUCCGGUGGUAAUCAGAGAUUCCAUGAAUCACUGGCCUGCUAAGAGUAAGUGGAAUGACGUGAAUUAUCUUAGAAGGGUUGCUGGCUUCCGUACAGUCCCCGUUGAGGUUGGAAAGAACUAUUUGUGCCCAGAAUGGAAGCAAGAGCUGAUCACAUUUUCUGAAUUUCUUGAGAGAAUCCGGUCCAGUGAUACUGCCUCUGUGGAAACUACGUACUUAGCUCAGCAUCAAUUAUUUGAUCAGAUACAAGAGCUACGACAAGAUAUUGUUAUUCCUGAUUAUUGUUUUACUGGAGAUGGGGAGAUCAGGUCUCUUAAUGCUUGGUUUGGUCCAGCCGGGACUGUGACGCCUUUGCAUCAUGAUCCUCACCAUAAUAUACUUGCUCAGGUUGUUGGCAAAAAGUACGUACGGCUUUACCCGGCGUCACUUUUGGAUGAGCUUCACCCACAUAGUGAAGCCAUGCUUAGCAAUUCCAGCCAGGUUGAUCUAGACAACAUUGACGAGAAAGAGUUCCCAAACAUAUUAGACCUGGAUUUUCAGGACUGUAUUUUAGAGGAAGGCAUCCAUAUCCUUUUCUCGUCUCGUGUAUACAAAGGAACUAGUUCAACCAUCAUUCUUCUGCAGAUAUCAAUGUGGAUUUCACCAUUACUAAAUGUAUUGGAAGAAAAACUUCUUGCUUAUGAUUUGUACGUUGGUGACUCACCCAGUUUUGGAAAGUAGAAUCACUGUGAUUGUUUCAGCUCCAACUAGCCUUUGUUGUCUUCGAGACUUUGAUGAUGAUUUUUACAAAAAGUGCCAAUCUUGCUUUAUUA